UCCUUGUCUCGCUGCAUUGCUUGAAUUUGUCUUAGAAAACAAAGGGGGAAGGAAUGCAUUUAAUGUAAGCGCACAAUUAAAUAAACUAGUCUGUUUAGGUGAGUACUCAGUACAGUGCAAGGUGUAUCAGUACAAACGCUGUACCUGUACAUUACUCCUUCAAACUACUGGACAACAUGAGGACCCUGCUACUGACAACCGUGCUGCUGCUGCUGCUCUGUAACACUCAAGUGCUCACACUCAGGUGUUACACCUGUGAAGAGGAUGAUGCUGACUGCAAGCAAGUGACAGAAUGUCCACCAUCGAGCAUGUACUGCAGAACUGUGGUGACUGCGGACACAGUGACUCGUACCUGCGAAGAGAUGUGUGUCUCGGGUGUCAACGCCUACUGUUGCCAGGGUGACCUGUGUGAGAACUGACAUGAUCCACGGAGAACCAUCACCACUGACUACACACCUUCUGUUUAGAUACAGUUGAAUGUUGUGUGGGAAAUACUUUAGAAUAUGGGAUACAUUAUAACCUUUCAAUGAAUUACAUUUACAUUUUAGUGAUUUAGCAGACACUCUUAUCCAGAGCGACUUAGUUAGUGCAUUCCUCUCAAGAUAGCUAGGUGAGACAACCAAUAUCACAGUCAUAGUAAGUACAUUUUUCCUCAAUAAAGAAGUUAUCAGCAAAGUCA